AUGCCGACCCUGCACCUCCUGGAUGAAGCUCCACUCCUACAAGAAGUGGGAACUGCAAUACGAGGGAUCAGCAACAACAAGAGCGCUGGACCUGACGGCAUUCCUGCUGAAAUUUACAAACAUGGAGGUCCCCAUCUGACUGAGCGCCUCCAUAGCUUCUUACUCACCAUAUGGGCCACAGAGACCAUCCCCCAGGAUUGGAAAGAUGCAAAUAUCAAAACAAUCUAUAAGAAUAAAGGUGACAAAGCAAUCUGUGGUAACAGCAGGAGCAUCUCCCUCCUUGUAGUUGCUGGCAAGAUCCUGUCAAAAGUCAUGUUCUCAAGACUUAUCCAAAACCUAACGGAGAACACUCUUCCUGUAUCCCAAUGUGGAUUAAGGAAGGAUCGCAGUACAAUAGACAUGAUCUUCGCAGCUAGACGUCUGGAAGCCUACACAAAGACCUUAACAACUCAGGUCAUAGAACUACAGUAUGUAGACGACUGUGCAAUAAUGACACAUAACAGAGAAUCUAUGCAACGUGCACUGGACGUGAUCUCAGGUAUUUACAGCUCGCUUGGUUUGCAAAUUAACACCCAGAAGACUGAGAUUUUUGUCCAGUCCAUUGUUCCACCAAAAGAAGCACCACAAUUCUACACUAAUGGAGAUCUUAUCAAAAUAGUAAACCAGUUUAAGUACCUUGGUAGCACUCUCACACCCACCUGCUCACUGGAUAUGGAAAUUCAAACCAGAAUCAAUUUAGCCUCAGCUGCAUUUGGACGUUUGAGAACAAGAGUCUUUCUCAACAAUGACCUCAAAUAUGGAACGAAGACUGCAGUUUAUCUCGCGGUUUGUAUAUCUACAUUAUUAUAUGCCUCAGAAACCUGGGCGCCCUACAAACGCCAUAUCCAAAUGCUGGAAAACUUCCACACUAGACACCUUAAGCGUAUCUUUGGAAUAUCCUGGGAAGAUAGAGUGACCCGUGAAGAACUAUAUCGUCGCUCAAACACGACCAGCAUUGAAACCACGCUAGCCAAAAGACACUUGUGCUGGCUUGGACAUGUUAUCAGGAUGCCAGACCACCGGCUUCCAAGACAAAUAUUACAUGGCAAGCUCUCAAAUGGAAACCGCUCGGCGGGAGGACAGAAAAAAGAGAUAUAA